CAGGGCCAGCACGUCUAGCCAGCUCGAAGUGCCACGACUUCACAGUAGUCCAGCGAUUGCCCAGUGGAGUUAGGGGGAGAUAUCUGGGAAAAAGCAACUAAGCUAGACCGCUGCAAAUACCGGAAACUUCACCCAAAAGCUGCUCCAUCUUAAACUGCAAGCAGUCUUCCGUCACUCAGUUUUCUUUGAGCCGAGCAGACAACGUUCUCAUCAUUAGCGAGGUGAACAAAAAAAUAUAACAAUGGAUAUCUAUGACCCCCAGACCCUCGGGAUAAUGGUUUUUGGUGGAUUCAUGGUGAUCUCUGUAGUUGGUAUCGCUCUUGUCUCCACCUUUUCUAUGAAGGAGACUUCUUAUGAAGAGGUACUGGCCAAACAGCGUAGGGAGUUAGGUAAUAUACAGUCAUCUCGCACGGAGAAAAAGAAGAAGGAUAAAACAGCUGACAAAAAGAACCGUGGAAAGAAGAAGGAUGAAAAACCCAACGGAAUGAUCCCAGAAUCUGGAAAAACAGAUGAGACCAGUCAAGCUGAUCUCGUCCCUGAACCUGUUGCUGCCCCAAUUGUGGCUACUGCUCCUGCUCCUGCCCCCGAAUCUGUUCCAGCUCCUGAGGUGAAGCCAAAUGCAACACCUGCACCAGCCGACCGACAGCCCAAAGCUGCUGAACCAACCCCGACUCCUGCUCAGCCCUCACCUGUACCUUCACUUAAAGACAAAAAGAAGAAGAAGUCGGUCAGGACCGAGUCUGACAAGAUAUCUAGUCCACUCGCUGCCGCUCCCGUACCGGUCAAACACUCGCCAGCCCCUGCACUAGUCCAGACCAAAACAAUGGCUGCCCCAUCGACUGCAUCUGGUCCAGCCAAGGCGUCCCCUGCUUCAGCUAAGUCCUCCCCGGCAUCUACUUCAAACAAAUCUGCUUCUUCCUCUUCCAAGUCUGCCCCUCCCUCAGCAAAAUCUGCCCCUCCUUCAACCAAGUCUGCCUCCGCCCCGGCCAAGUCUGCCCCCGCCCCAAACAAGUCUGCCGCGGCGGCGGACAAGUCUGCCCCUGCCUCUCCCAAGUCUGCCUCCGCGUCAGACAAGUCUGCCCCCGCCCCAAACAAGUCUGCCACAGCAGCGGCCAAGUCUGCCCCCGCCCCGGCCAAGUCUGCCCCCGCCCCGGCCAAGUCUGCCCCCGCCCCGGCCAAGUCUGCCCCCGCCCCGGCCAAGUCUGCCCCCGCCCCGGACAAGACUGCCCCCGCCCCAAACAAGUCUGUCGCGCCGGCAGACAAGUCUGCUCCUCCCCCAUCCAAGUCUGCCCCUCCCUCAGCAAAGUCCACCUCAGUACCAUCCAAGUCUUCUGCUGCUCCAACCAAGGCCUCAGCAGCACAAACCAAGUCAUCAGCAUCUACCAAGUCUACCCCGCCUCUUGGAGCUGAAACUAAAGAUGUCCCCAUCAUGGUCGUGCCCCCAGUGGGAUCGGCGCAGACCACUACUGCUGCACCAAAAUCCCAGGAUCCCAAGAAGAAGGCCUCCAAGAAAAAGUCGGAGAUUUUGACUGCAGUGGAUUCAUCUGAGGCGCCAUUGCACCUGCCCUACAAGGUCUUGGUGUCCACCAUCAGCAGCAUGGUGUUCAGUGAAGCAGAAACCCACAGGCUCAUCGAGAUGCUGUCUGAGAAAGCUGGCAUCAUCCAGGAUACUUGGCAUAAGGCCACUCAGAAAGGAGACCCAGUGGCUAUGCUGAAGAAACAACUGGAGGAGAAGGAGAAGCAGCUGACAGCUGAACAAGAGGACUCCUCUGCUGCAAAGAACCGUGUGAGAGAUCUCACAAAGGAGCUUUCUGCUGAGAAGUCCAAGGUAGCUAGUGUGGAGACCAGGCUGAGUUCCCAGCUAAGCAAGAGGGAGCAGGAAAUGAUUGCCCUGCAAGCUCGCAUGCAGGCCAGCUACCAGGACCAUGUAGCCCAAACACAGAAGCUCAAUGCAAAGAUCCUUGGCCUGCAGGACCAACUUGAAAAGGGUCCCAAUGCCCAGCUGGCCCGUCUCCAGCAGGAGAACUCCAUUCUCCGUGACGCCCUCAACCAAGCCACUAGUCAGGCUGAGAGCAAACAAAAUGCAGCGCUAGCCAAACUGCAUCAGGAAUGUGCAAAACUUACCAAGGAACUUGGAGAGAAGACUGAAAUUCUGCAUGCUGAUGAACACAUGAAGAAAGGCUUGGAGGCUAAGGUCUCUGCCACUGAGAAGCAGCUUUCUGCGCUGCAGGCCAGUCACGCCGAGAGCGAGCAGGCCUUGCAGAGGAAACUGGAGGAGGUGUGCGAGGAGCUAAGAACAACACAGACUCUAAACAACAACCUGCAAGACUCUUUGAAAAAGGCCCAGCAGGACAGCGGCGCACUCUCAGGGUUUGAGGUGCGAAUGGGCAACCUGCAGGCUGAGGUCAAGGAGCGCUCUGCUCAGGUGGAUGCUCUCAAAGCUCAGCUGGAGGAGUCACGGGUUGAGAAACAGCAGCUUGUGCAGCAGUUGACAUCCAUCAACUCAUUACUGGAGGCCGGUCAGAAUAAAAAAGAGCAGGCACCUGAUCAGGGAAAUGCUGCAGAACUACAACAAUUAAAGCUCAGUCUUCAGGAGAGGGACAGCCAGUUGACUGCUCUCCACGAGGAACUGAAGCAAUUGCAAAUGAAGAAGGAGGCUGCUGAGAACACCAUUUCUGAGCUGGAGCAGCGAAAUAAGAGUGAGGAUUCCAGCCUUAUCGCUUCGCUUCAAGACGAACUUAAAAACCUCAAAGAAGAGACGGUACAACUUAAGAACACAGCAAAAUCAAAUGGCUCCAUGGAACAGAUAAAGAGCAGUCUGACAGAGAAGGAGGCCCUAGUCACAUCACUACAGGAGCAGCUGAGGGAAGCCAAGCAAAAUGAAGCUGUCACAGUCCAGCUUACAGCUUUUCAAAGUGAAGCCAAAGAAUCUCUCCAAAAACUCUUCCCACUUGUACCCUUAGAGACAGCACAGCCAAAUUGGUUACAAGCUUUUACGCAGAAAGCUCAGGAGGUUCUCAACCAGCAGGAGAGCCAACAAUCUCAUUCAAGUCAAACAUCACCUGAGUUGCUUGAAAAGUUGAAAGAGGCUGACGAGAGCCACAGCUCCCUGCAAGCUGAAUGUGAACAGUACAGGACGGUUUUGGCUGAAACGGAAGGAAUGCUGAAACAUCUGCAAAAGAGUGUGGAGGAGGAGGAGCUGGUGUGGAAAUCAAAGAUGGCUACCUCAGAGGAGCAGUUGAGAGCAGCUUUGGAGAAGGUCAACAAGAUGGAGUCAGAAAAACAAAAUGUAGAGCAGCUGAAAGAGCAGAUGAUGUUACUGGAAGCACAGCUGGAGAAGCAGUCAGACAACCAUUGCAUCGCAGAGGAAAUGGAACAGCUAAGACUGCAGCUGUCUGAUAGUCAGAGCCAGCUGGGCUUGGCCCGCAAGGAGGCUCAGGCGCAAAAGGAGGAGCUUUCAAAGGUCAGAGAGCAACUGAGCCAAAUCACCAUGAGCGGUCAGCGAGAACAGAAUGGCCCCACUGAGGCUCAUCCCAGUCAGGUUGUGUCCAAGUUGGACCAGACAACUGAGAAACUAGAAGGGGAGGCGACUGAGAGACAGAAGCUCUCGGAAGAAUUUGAGCAGGCACAGGCAACUAUCACAGAACUUCAGGCUCAACUAGAUCUUCUGAAGGCUUCCGCAGAGUCACCGCAAGGUGACGCAGAAGAUGUUGCUCAGCUCAAGGAACGCCUGGAGAAAGAGAAGAAGCUGUCCAAAGAUCUGGGACAGGCAGCCACCAAACUCCAGCAACUUCUCAAAGCCACUCAGGAGCAGCUGACCAAAGAGAGAGAGACGGUGAUAACACUACAGGAGCACCUGGAUGGGAAGGGAGAGUAUGUGGAGUUGAAGGAGGGAACGUCCGUCUGAGAGGAAGCUCACUACAUGUGGACACCAAAACCAAAUAUGCCUUACGAUUACCAUAGUUAUGCAUUCCAAAACUUUCUUUAUUGUACUGUAGUUAAUUGCAUUUGUUUUGCAAAGCUAGUGAUCAAAUAUUUCCAGGUAAGAUUAGAGGAGGAAAUCCUGCUGCAAUCUUGACUGACACUCACGUUCCAUCAACAAUUCUGGCUAUGUCAGAAGAUGUUACAGUCCCCUCCCCUCACCGCCUUAUAGCCAAACAUUUCCCCAUGGUCCAGUGUUAAAAGGGAAACCGAUUGUGCGUCAAACGUACAUCAACUUGUGCAAUUACUUUUUUUUUUUUUUUUUAAUGUGGUUGAUUGAUGGGAACACUUUACGGUGACACUACAAGUCCUUUGGGCUUCCUGCCAUAGCGGGACACCAGCUCAUUGAAUUUGUAUGAAUGAAUAAACUACAGUGUAACUAUG